GCCGCCUUCGUUAACAACCUCCGACUCAAACAAGGUCUCCAUGGAGUUGUCGUAUCAUACAGCCAGGGUGACUCAGCCGAAGACAUCAACACACUCUUGAUAGCGCUCAGAAACCUGCACGUCUCAACGGUUUUGAUGGGUGAUCCGGAUCUUCAGAUCGUAGACUCGAUCUCCUUCGCACUGAUCGACGGUUUCAUGAUCAAGAAUGCCUGUGUCCUAGCCAAUGGCCAGCGCCGAGAUUUCUUUCGCGCAGUUCAGCUGCGAGAGUGCGUCGCAAGGUGUAAACGUCAAAUGAAGAAACGUCCAGAAUUCUUUCUGGGAUUUCUCGAAGUCUGGACAACCAGACCUUCAGCAGCAACUCUACGUCGAGCAUUCAAGCUAGCAGACUUCUUUGGUGCCGUGAUUCAAGCUCAAGCGGCGUCGCAACACAAUACUCGAACAGACAUGAGUCUCAGUGCUUUUGACUGGCUCAAGCGUUCCGAAAUUGUAUACCUGCAAAAAUGCUGGGCACAGAAUCCUGCUCUGAAGCCUGCUCCAUAUUCAGAGCCAGAGGAUAACCAUUUCAACCUUCAGAAGCUAUCCGAGGUACUGGGACCAGCUGAAAGCCUGCUUGCAUUGGCUCCUCUGCCUGCCGACGUUCUGGCCCUCCAAAAUGAGCGGCUGGAAAGCGUGCCUAGUCCAGAUUAUGUUUCGAGUGCAGCAAGGAGAGAGAGCUUCUGGGACACAACGGAUUGUGGCGCACCGCUCUGCAAGAAUGGAUGUCACUUUCUUCGUGAUCAGAUUACAGAGGAGCACUACGGGCGAAUUCUACAAACACAACGCCGAUUGAGAGAACUGCAAAUGUUGCACGUCUACGCAGACAUCGAAGUCAUGUCAAUGUCCAAAGUGCUAAGCACAGCAUUGGAGCACUCUUCCUACCCGCACUUGCUGCAAAGGCUGCUUGACCGACUUACCAAGGGACAUGUGCGGAUCUACAAGGGUCUGGACAGUGGAUUUAGCCUCCCAGACGAUAGUGGACACAUGAUCGGACUCUCCGAGAGCCUGCAGGAGGAUGAUCAUGAGAUUAUCAACAUCUACAUCUCGCUGAAGAAUGCUCAUGAUACCGCUACGCUCUGGCACAUUUUUCUCGCACAUCAUGGAAUACCGCGCUUGCAGCGUUACGAGGAGGAACUCUUGUUCUUUCCAGGUGCACAACUUCCUAAGAGUAUUCAGCAAGAACUAAAUCAAUGCACUGAAGCUGACCUACUGUCCAUCAUUCAACAAAUUCGGCUGAGCAAUUUAGAUCAUCUUCUCCAUCAACCAAUCAUUCAUAGAUGCGUAGAGAUUCUACUCGAAGAGAGUCGAAGUGCCAGCUGGAUAGCGUUGCACUCUCGAGCUUGUCUCGAUGAAUCGCUGAGUACGCGAACGCUUGUCAAGAUGCGCCUCGAGCAGUUUGCAAAACAAGGCGCACAACGACUUCCAGAGCUAGAAAAGCUUGCUGAGCUUUCUGAGCUACUCGAACGAAAGUUGCAGGACGCCUUGUUCACUGGCAAUCGCUCGACGUUGAACCAGUUGUCAACUCCCCUUGUAGAUGCCUACAAUGCUAUUGGCACUAUCCGACCCGCUGGUUGCAGACUAGACAUCUACGGGCUGAUAUACUUCUGUGCUCUACGCAAGCUUGCCUACGAGGACGUGUAUCUCGAAACCACAGAUCGUUGUCCACUCUUCUUACAACAACAUGAUCAAGCUGGAGUGUUCUCUGAGUUGUGGGUCCUUGGUUCACAGUGCGAAAUAUACUUUGGUGUCCAGCCACGAGCCUUGGGAGAGGUAACGUUCAACAAGUAUCACGAAUAUCUGACUUCCCACCCGCCUCCACCUGAUUCAUGGGACGGCAAGGACGUGUUCACUGCCUAUGCCAACACUGAGGCUCGCAUAAAGCUGGAGGGGCACGAAGCGAUGACAGGUUCUGGUUCACCUGUGGACUUACCUGGACAAGGGGCUGGAUUUAAGCUCGAUGUAGCAGAAUCUACUAAGCGUCUUACCGAGGCUGCCAGUGCGUUCGGUGCCUUAUCCAUCUUCUGUUUCCCAGCAGUAAUAGAUGUCACACUACUGUCAUUUCUUGGUCGCGGUUUCUAUCUGACGGCGUUCAUGGACUACAGAGCUGUCACCAUGGCUGGCUAUGCCAUUCUUACUGCUCUUCUGAUGACUGGCGGUAUCACUGGCUGGGUGGGCAGCACUGGAGGCUUCUAUCUCUUCAACUUUGCAUUUGACAACAUGUCAUAUUUUCUUGUACAGCGGUUCUCUGCCUCUUUCAUCUUGAGCACUAUCGUAGCCUUUUGCGGCUUCUUUGCGUUUAGUGCUCGAGUCGGAUGGUUUGAUGGCUUCAUAUUCCUGGUAUAUCUUUAUGCUCUGACGACCUUCCUCAAUCUGCUAGGCAUGUUUGCUACAACGCAUCGACUCGGUUGCCCUCUCACAUCUGGCCGCACUGCCAUGUGGAGGUGCAUUCCUAUCCUCUUCAUCUCUCCAAUUCUCACUACCUUCGUCAAUGGGCACGAUCUGCUCAUUUACCUGAUUAUCAUCUACACCUUUGUCAUUGCACUCCUUAUCAGCUUCCGAAAUCUUCUUCACGAAUGGACUACCUGGCUGGCUAAAGUGCCGUCGGUGAAAGAGAAGGAUUUGAUGACCUGGUACAAGUCCAAAAAGGACAAGCAAGAUUCCGCGUCUGGAGGUGACUCGCAAGAGCUCGCGUCGCGCGCGCGUCUUGCUCUCCGACUAGCGGUACAUGGAUAUCGAAACAGGAGCCUCUUUCGCAAGAUCUUCAGUUCUGAGCCCAACAUAGAUCCGUUUGUCAAGAAGAUGGGUAUCGGACAUCCGUAUGCUCUCUGGUUGCUUGAGAAAGAGGCCGGCGGAGCAGCCCUGCCGGAAAUCUAUACGACGACCUGGUUUGUGCAACUGGAACUUGCAUUCGCCAAUCAGCGCCAAUUGACCCGGGGUCUUAAAGAGCACAGUCAAUUCAUUACAUUUCGCUACUCAAAAUACGACCUCGGGCAGAACGUAGGCCUGUUUUUAGGCGCUCUUAUGGAUCGCUGGAUCAAUAUCGUCAUGAGCGCGAGACAACCACCGAUCGAGAUCUACUUUGACGACCGAGCACGUUAUGGAAUCUGCUUCGGGUUGUUGUACUUCCUUUUUGGUGCAGUUGCAGUGGAUGUGGUUCUACAAAGGUUCUGGCCACUCGCAGUCCAGCUUCCAGAUCGUAAGAUAUCCACCUUGGAAGGUUACAGCGAGGUCAAGGUUGAUCAGCAGCGUUUGCGCAACAAGCAUUACCGAAAUGCGCUGAUGGAACUAUUCACCUAUCUGUCUAUCAUCUUUGGUGUUAUGACAAUCCUCCUCUGGGUGUUUGUCAUUGACCACAGAUCUAUCAUUGUGUACUUUCUGUACGUCUUGGGCUAUACAGGAGUGUGUGUAUUCCAGUUCAAUCGCUGCUUUACUCGGGAUCCGAAGACACACGUGGUCGCAGUACUCGUAUGUUGCGCUGCAGGUUUUGUCGUUGGCUGCGUCCUCCGAGCAGACUCCCACACAGAUGCACUCAUCUACGACUAUGUUAUUGGCUUGGAUGUUGCCAGCAUAUCAGCUGCUAUAUCCACGUUCAUAUUCACUGGCUAUUUCUCGUCAACAUCAAAUCCAAAGGACAGACCUCAGGUGGCCCCCGAGACAGACAGAAGAAGUACAGAGAAACCGCCGACAAACAACACAAAUGCUCAACCAUCAAGUUGGGCGACUUUGUUCAAAACUCACACCGAUACUUUAUGCAAUCUGUCGCACAACACCCACCGGCAAAUUCUCCAGCAUUUGUGUCUUGACAUCGACGUCAAUGCUCAAUGGACCAAACUUCCAGAUAAUGUUCGAUCCCUUGUUAUAUCGCGCAUGUUGGGUGUCACAAGCCACACGACUGCCACUUGCCGCACGUGGUUGGCGGCAAGAUCGACAAGAACUCAAGAGUGUGAUUCCGAAUUGAAAAAAUGUCUAGUCGAGUAUGAAGAGAAAAAGUCGACCGUCAGCAGAGAUGCAGAAAAUGCUUUCAACAUUGCAGGCUCUUACAAGGAACCAGAGUUAACGUCCUUCUUGGGCAGGAAGUUUACGGUCAAGUCCAAGUUCACACGCCUCGUUACAAUCCUGACUCUUACCAUUUACGACAUUGUAAAGUGGACAGCUCUCAUCUCAGGUGGCGCACCAGAUGUCAACCGCGAACUUUGGUUCGCGCUGAGAGAUCACCUAUGGCACAAACCUCUGCUCUGGAUACUGCUGAAGGUCUGGAAAAUCUGCUGGUUUCUCAAGAACCUCUUCAUCUGGCUGUUUCUGAUCCUCGGCAGACCCUCAUUGUCAUCGUUCUUAGAAAUGAAGGAUCGAGGACUACCACGGACACUUCAAGGUGAAGUCAUCACGAUAGAAACGCCUUUCUCAAAAGUCAGCGGCUUCCUCUCGCGCGAUGCUGAUGGUAAUCUGGUUGUUGCAUCUUUUGAUGGUAUGCAUAGCACUCCACCCGAGUCUUCUCCUCUGAGGAGUAUGGCAAUCUAUGACAGGUCAUACCGAGUCAUACAUUAUGAGAGUAAUCCAGGAGAUCAAAAGACCAAGACUACCUCAACCUUCGAGUACCAAAACAAGAAGUGGAGACGUUGGCCAACCAAAAGAAUCACCAAAGAAGAAAAUGGCCGCGAGAUCACAUCUGUUUUUGACAAACAUGGUCGCGUGGUCAGUGGAAGGUUGUUUCGUGCGGAGGCAGAAUUCUCUUUCGAAUAUCUUUACAAGAAAAGACCAAAGGGCAAUACUGAGAUUCUGAAAGCGACAUACACUCGGGAAAAUGUUGCAGAUGACAAUCCUCCAGUGAUCUCUGUGUUUUGGAGCGUCCAACCACGAUCUGGUUCAAAAGAUGUCAAGCAUUGGACUGCCUCUGACAGAAUCAGACGGGUGGUUGCGAUCCUGGAAGGUCGGACUUAUGAGACUGAGUGGGUUUACAAGCACGCAAGAGAUCCUGAUCUCGAGACAACAUUGACAGAUGAGCACGGCACAGUUUUUGCUGGUGUAGCAACUCCUGAAGCAGUCCUGAAAGAUGCAUUCGGUCUGCUCAAGAAACCAAAAGAUCUGUCUUUUGAUAACGUCGAUCUUUUGAUUCAUCAUCCUUUGGAGUGGCUCGAACGAUUUCCCAACCACAGUGCUCAGAGUUCCAUGUCUGCUUCAUGGUUCAUGUCACUCAUGCCUUUUGGCUAUUCUGAGGCUAAGAAAAAGGUAGUCUACCGCAAACUAUCCACUGCCGUUUUGAGAACUGCCUUGUGGACGCUCUGGGGGAAGCCACCUCAUCUGGAUGCCGUAUCAGCGUGUUUUCUGGAUGAGAUGAUACUACGCAAGGAGCCUCUUUUGCAGAAGUACUGGAGGCUGCGGGAUGCUGGACACCUGUUAAAAGCUGCACACCAUCUCGAUGAGAACCUUGAUUUGAUAAUCUCUGCGAUCGAGCCAUCUGCAGAGGCGUCUCAGACUUGUCCACUUCUUAUCAAGAUUUCAGACUUGUUCGUCAUGGGGCUGGGCAAGGAUGCGAAUCAAGUCACAGCUCGCCCAGAAGACGCCUAUCGCGAUACCCAGACUCGGACCUCUGUCAUCUUCUCAGACAACGGUUGCUGGCCUGACAAUCCUGGCGGUGUCUCCAACUGUCGGCGGGACUUGGUCAAUGGACAUACGACUAUUCGCGGUCACUGUCUAGCUGAGUCUGCUAAUGAUUUCGGCAUCCCCCGAUACCAGAUCGAACAGAACAUCAAUUCACUGAAGAUUUUGCCUCUUUGGGGCUUGGAUGGCAAGACGCCCUAUCAUGGUGUACUCGACAACUUAUUGCAAACCCAAAUUGACGAGCGAAUCUUCAACACACGAAUCGAAGAUGAUAUCAAGGCUAUCUUCAUCCCUCUGCUGACAUCCUUUGUCAAAGGAGCACGAAUGAGACGCCAUACUCGAAAUGACUUGAUCACUUUAAGUAACGUGAUUCUCCAGAUGAACAGAUACUUCGAGAAGUGCGACUUCAACAAAACCUGGGACAACAAAGAUGUUUGGGACGCAUGGAUCGAAGCCUGGCUCAUAGAUUAUAACGACCCUAAUAUUGGCAACCCCCGCGAUUACUUUGAGAUCGAGCAAGCGACAAUGGGCGAUUUCAAGAGUGCACUCGGACUGUACGUCUGCUACUUCUUCAUCUACUCAGUCGAGCUUCCGCCAGACUGCCCAACUGUCUUCCAGAGUACACAUCACGGAAUAAGCAGUCUCUAUGGUAUGCUUCUGAAGUAUCGACGUGGUACCACCUGGGGCAUCUGGGAUCAUGCCAUUCUGUGGCGAGAGACUUGCUUGAACAUCAGUCCAGCGCAAUGCUUGCUCCCGAUUCCAGUCCAGUCUAUGCUACUUGCUGGCAUCAAGCUGGCUUGCCAUCUGGCGUAUACCCAUGUCGAUAUUGUCCUACCAUGCACUUCUGUCUUCAAUCCCGAUUGGGAGAUUGAUCUAGGCACAGAUCAAGGACAUCGGGGUAGCAAAAAGCUGUUCGCUCGCAAGAUUGAUCCUAUCGUAAACGGUAUUAGCAACAUGGACGCUUUCCAGCCAGUCACAGAGACUAGAAGCAAGCUACCGACAUGUGUAAUGCUGUCAAACGUUCAGUUCAUCAAGGAUGUCAAGAAUGCUGUACUGGCUGCUGAUGUAAUCGUCAACAAGUACGGCUUCACCGAUUAUCGUCUGAUCGUCUAUGGCGCUCAGGACAGACAGCCGAGUUAUGCUUUAGAGACGACUACACUCAUCAACAGCCGUAAUCUGAAUGGUAAAGUCAUUCUCGCUGGCUUUGGUUCACCGAAGGAAGUUCUCAAAGACGCAUGGCUGUUCAUGAACUCUUCGCUCUCGGAAGGUCUUCCGUUAGCUAUCGGAGAAGCUGCUCUGUCUGGUAUUCCUAUUGUUGCCACAGAAGUAGGCGCUACGGCUCUGGUGCUUACCGAUCCUGAUGACUCAACUAAGCGCUAUGGCGAAGUCGUGCCUCCCAACGAUCCAGAAGCGCUCGCGAGGGCUCAGUUGAGCAUUCUCGGCAUGUUAGGUCCAUGGGCAGAGUACACCACCGACAAAAUCAAACCGCCACCACUACCAGACCUUUUCAAGCCCGAAGACGUCAGGUGGAUUCUCGCGAGAAUGUACGAGAAAGCAGACGAUCGUCGUGCUCUAGGUCUCAAACUCCGAGAUGUCGUUCUCCGCAGUUUCCACGGACAAAGAUAUCUUCGUGAGCACGAACAAAUGUACUGGAUACAGCGUAGCUGGGCAGAGACCCGCCGUUGCGCAACAAAAAUCAGCCGACAUCCGCCGGCGAACGAUGCCUUUGGCGAGUCAAAUGAUUUUGAGUACGAUGACGAGGCUGAUACUGGAGAAAAUGCCAAGGCACGUUGGCAAGAUUUUCAAUUGGAGAAGGUUCAGUCGCAUAGUCAGCCUGCGCCUCGCAAAGAAAGGUUAGGUACGUACGUGAGAGGCAUGUCAACUGUGGGGUGA